GUGGCAAUUACUCGUUGAUUUUUCUCCACUAAUCACAAAGACAUCGGCACCCUUUAUAUAGUAUUUGGUGCCUGAGCCGGAAUAGUCGGAACCGCCCUGAGCCUCUUAAUUCGAGCAGAACUAAGUCAGCCUGGAACCCUCCUUGGGGAUGACCAAAUUUAUAAUGUUAUCGUUACAGCACAUGCUUUUGUAAUAAUUUUCUUUAUAGUAAUACCAGUUAUAAUCGGAGGAUUUGGCAACUGACUUGUACCCCUAAUAAUCGGCGCCCCUGACAUAGCCUUCCCCCGAAUAAACAAUAUAAGCUUCUGACUUCUCCCACCCUCAUUUCUUCUCCUUUUAGCCUCAUCGGGGAUUGAAGCAGGGGCCGGAACAGGAUGAACUGUCUACCCACCCCUAGCCAGCAACCUCGCACACGCAGGAGCAUCAGUUGAUUUAACCAUUUUUUCCCUACACUUAGCCGGCAUCUCAUCAAUUCUGGGUGCCAUUAAUUUUAUUACAACAAUCCUAAACAUGAAGCCACCAGCAGCUUCUCAAUACCAAACACCCCUAUUUGUUUGAUCUGUCUUAAUUACUGCAGUCUUACUAUUGCUCUCCCUGCCUGUCCUAGCCGCAGGAAUUACAAUAUUAUUAACAGACCGAAACCUCAAUACUACCUUCUUUGACCCCGCAGGAGGGGGAGACCCCAUUCUCUAUCAACACUUAUUCUGAUUCUUUGGACACCCUGAAGUCUAUAUCCUUAUUCUUCCAGGAUUUGGGAUAAUUUCCCACAUUGUAGCCUACUACGCAGGUAAAAAAGAACCAUUUGGGUAUAUGGGAAUGGUCUGAGCUAUGAUGGCCAUUGGACUGCUAGGAUUUAUCGUCUGAGCCCACCAUAUAUUUACAGUUGGAAUAGACGUAGAUACCCGAGCCUACUUUACCUCCGCUACAAUAAUUAUUGCUAUCCCAACAGGGGUUAAAGUAUUUAGCUGAUUAGCCACCCUCCACGGAGGCUCAAUUAAGUGAGACACCCCCCUUCUAUGAGCCCUCGGCUUUAUUUUCCUUUUUACGGUUGGAGGCCUAACAGGGAUUGUCCUUGCCAACUCAUCCCUAGAUAUUAUACUGCACGACACCUAUUAUGUUGUAGCCCACUUCCACUAUGUAUUAUCCAUGGGGGCCGUAUUUGCAAUCAUAGGAGCCUUUGUACAUUGAUUUCCAUUAUUUACAGGAUAUACACUGCAUAACACAUGAUCUAAAAUCCACUUUGGAGUAAUAUUUGCAGGAGUAAAUUUAACAUUCUUCCCACAACAUUUCUUAGGCCUUGCAGGAAUACCACGACGAUACUCCGACUAUCCGGAUGCCUACGCCCUCUGAAACACUAUUUCCUCAAUCGGAUCCUUAAUUUCUCUUGUAGCUGUAAUUAUGUUCUUAUUUAUUGUUUGAGAAGCAUUCUCAGCCAAACGAGAAGUCCUAUCUGUAGAACUAACCUCAACCAACGUGGAAUGACUCCACGAAUGUCCCCCUCCAUAUCAUACAUAUGAGGAACCUGCCUUCGUUCAAGUGCAAGUCACAACAACAAGA